AUGCAGAAUUCGCGCAUAGAUGGUUAUUUUAGAGUCAGCAAGACUCCACAGAAUAUACGAAGAGCGAAACGACUGGUCCUCGAGAAGUCACCAGAAACAGAAGUUACAACUGAGGCUAAGAAACCCGCUUACCAACGUUUUGCUCACCUCUACUGUUGUAAGGUGGAUGAUUCUGUUGUGGACAAGAAUGAACCUUUACCUGCUAAAGAGAAGACUGUUGUACAACGCAAAAAACGUAUACAACCAAAGAAAGUAUCAACAUUGCAAAGUUCUAAACUAUCAUUCUCAAAAUUAGAAAAAGAUGAAAAGCUACCUGCAUUCAAACGAUUUGCUUACUUGACAGAACCGAUUAUUUCUUCUCAUGAAACUCAAUCAAAUGAAUUAAAGAUAACUACUGACAUUGUUGAAAGUGCAAUCUCAUCGACAAAUCUUGAUUUAACACAAACAGAUUUAACAAUUCCUGUUGGUCUUAUUCUUCCACAUAAAUUAAGAGUUUUAUUGGAACUUUUUCGAAGUUGUGAUACUGUUGUCAGUAUGUUGCAUAACCGUAAAGAACUUUGUAGUUUUGAUAAACUUCAACCAGCUGUUCAAGAAAUAGUACGCAGGAAUUUUGAAGAAAAUCAUGUUGGCCAAUUCUUAACCGUUUAUCCUAUGGUAUAUUUCCUCCAUUACGAGAAACAGUUCGACAAAUUUACACAUCGACCCAAUGGGAAUUAUGUACUCGUAUUAUCACCUAAUUUACGUACAGAUGGAACACAAGUUGGACAUGAUUCACCGUCGAAAGGAUUUUUACCGUUUAGUGGAACACGUCUAAUUCAACGUCGAAAUCGUUUUCAUACAUCAUUGAUUAGUUUAGUUCUAAAGGCGCAUCGGGAUUUUUUAAUCUCAGAGCUUGGAAUCGAUCCUUCACAACUUCCAGAAGAUUCUGCACUUCGUCGUUGGCAUCCUAAAUUCCCUUUAGAGUCUGCAGUUAACUGUAUACCUUCAUCACCGUUACCAAUAAAACCAUCAGAAUAUGAACAAAAGAUAACAACAGCUAAGGAUGCUGUUAAAGCAUUUCAAGCUCGUGCUCUUUUUCGUGAAGCUGAUACAUGUCAUCAAAUAUCACUUUCUAAACAACAAAUAUCUCCGAUACCAAGUCCAAAGAAGUCUAUAUCAUCUCCAUGCAAAUCAGUAAAUCUUGCAAACAAUACAGUGUCUACAAUAGAUAUUCUUACAGGAAUACAGGGAAGUUCUGAAGAUCUUAGCAAAACAAAUCUCUCUUCUACUGCAGCUAAUCUAAAGGGGAUAUCUCAAGCACUUAUAAACAAGGUUCGUGCUCGUGAAAAAGAACGACGUCUUUUAACUGAACUUACUAAUGGGAAAGUUUCAGAGGCUCGUCGUGCUAUAUACUGUCGAUUACCUUUAAUAGUAACUCAAGUCUGGAGUAUUUUACGUUCAUCCAAUGCUCGUCCUGUUCCAUUAUCAACUGUAACUGUUCGUGUGGCUGAUGUUCAUCCUAGUGGUUUAACUUCAGAUGUUAUCGGAGAACAUUUGAAUGUUUUAUUGGAGUUAGCACCAUGUUGGAUUGAAAAAUUGAAUUGGUCUACACCUCAUCUUCGGUUAAAAGAUCCUGAACGAUCUGUAAAGGAUGUAAUUGAUUUAAUUAAAGCAAAGGUAGCUAAAGACGGUGUGAGAAUCUAA